AUGCCUUCCACUAGCCAGCUUCUCUCUGUUCUCGCGGCUGUCGUCGCCUCAGUCAACGCAGCUAUGGGCCCUGCGUUCAGCACUGGUCCUGUCGGCUCCAACUCUUGGAUUCGUGAGGCUACCUCAACUCUUGUCCUGCCUGAUAUUCCCCAAGGUAGCACCGGUGUUGCCUCUCUCUGGGUUGGUAUGGGUACCGAUAAGGGCGACUUGAUCCAAUCCAUCGCCGACAACUGGGACUCCAAUGAGUGGAGCAUUUUUGCUUACACUCUCACCAAGACUGGUGACAACUCUCAGCUACCUGUCCAAGACGAGAACCCUACACCUGCUAAGAAGGGCGACCGCAUCACCAUGCACUACAAGUACGACGACUCGACCCAGGAGUAUGUCCAGUACGUUUCCAUCAACGGCAAGCAAGUUUCCACCCUCUCUACCUCCAAGGGUCACAAGGCCAUGGGUUUCGGUAGCUCAGUAGAGUGCGGUGCUGAGGAUUGCGGUACCAUUGGUGCUCACAAGUGGGUCGACACCAAGAUCACCCUCGACUCGGCUGAUCCUGGCUACAUCAACACCUUUGGCAAGGGCGAGGGCGUCACUGGUGACCUGACCACUGAGGAUGGUGGUAAGACCUGGGUUGGCGCCGAGUUUGACAUCCCUGAGUAUACUUUUUAG